AUUAGUUCAUCACAUUACCCUCGAUCAAAAGUAACCCACUCACAAAAAAAAACCCUAAAAGCUAAGUAACCCGCGCCGUCCUCAAACAAAUCUCCAUGGCCGUUCAUCGUUCAUCGCUCAUCGCCUUCGUCUUCAUCCUCAAUCAACAUCUCCGUGACCUUCUCAGCCAUGCCUUAGUUACCCCCGCCGUUCUCAGCCAUCCGUGACCGAAAAUCGUUGAUCGCCUUCAUCUUCAUCGCACCAUGACCGUUGAUCGCCUUCAUCGCCGUCAUCCUCAUCUGUCUAACCCAAUGACCGUCGCACCCAUGCCAUUCGUGUAACCCUCGCACCCGACCAUCGAACCCUAUUGCUGUUUCUCAACCAUCGCCCAUCAACGCAACCCUCGUUGGCCCUCUGUCUCUGUCUCACCAUCAACGCAACCCUCGUUGGCCCUCCCUCAGCGUAGCGGUCUCUGUCUCUCGCAAACCCUGGAUCAAGUACUUCUACGGACCUGAAAGGAGAAAGUUUCUCUGGUCUUUUAGGAACUCAUUACAGGUUUGUUGCAUCAGCCCAUCAAUUGGUGUGGAAGUUCCAUUAGUAAAUGAUUUAGGAUAUACAAAGGAGAUAUGUGCGCUGCCUACAGAUAUCAGAAGUGGUAAAUAGUAUGAAGGACUUGAUAGAUUACAGCAGAGAGACAGGGACUGGACCCAUGGUUGCCCCUACUGCAUAAAGAUCUUUUUGCAUCUGGAUUACGCAAGAGAUCCAGCAUUCUUCUGUACGAUCCUCUUGGAACUGGCAGAACAUUAUUAGCAAAAGCUGUUGCUACUGAAUGUGUUAACUUGAUAUUGGGAUAAUUACAAAUUCAAAUGGAAGCAUGCUUGGUCAGAUGUGAGCAGCAGUAAUAUAACUAAAGAUCUUUUUACAAUUUUGGAAAAAGAAAGCUUUUAAUAGUUGUGGUUUCGCUACUGUUGCCACUGCCACCUCUCUUGGUUUGCUUCUGCUGUGGUACUUCUGUUACUGCUAGGGAUGGAGAAAGGGGAGAUUACUAAAAGAAAAAGAAUAAUUACCUUAGCUCAAAAGAACAUGAAACAGAAAAGUCCAAAAAAAAAUAAUUCUUUUGAGGUGAUGCAAGUUAAGUCAAGUGCUGAAUUGCUACAACUAUAUAAUAUUAAGAGAGAGAAGAUCAUGGCUGAAAAUAAUAAAGCUAGGUUGCAAGCUCAAGGCCCAAAAGAUCCAACAAGAAAACAACCCAUCACAAUAGUGGAAGAUGCAUUUGAAGAGCAAACUGGGGCUCCGAAGAAGAAAAAGAAGGUCCAACCAAACUCACUGUUUCAAGAAUGUGAGGGUAUUAGGAAUAAUUCAAAGGCUGCUGAAAAGAACCCCCAAAGUGGGAAUGAGGCAAUGUUUCAACCUGAAAAGAACUCGAAAACUGGGAAUAAAAAAUCUGUUGAAGAUGAUACACUGGAUCAAGAUGAUGCAAGUUCUAAUGAGGAGGGAGAAGAUACAAGUUGACUGAGCAUAGAAUCAAACAAAAAGGGAAUGAGUAUUGACAUAUAUUUUAAGGUGCAUGGGAUUAAUUUCGAAGACGAGGAAAAUGAGAAAGAUGAGGAAGAUGAGGAAGAUGCUGCAAAUAUUGAGGGUAGUGGAGGACAAGCUAGUAAUGAAGGCACUAAAAAGAAAACUCGUGGCAAGACUUUAUGCAAAAAACUUCAUGCCACUGAUUUUAAUGAUCGACGGGAGGUGGAGUUUUUACAAGGGCAGCCUAUUGGUCCAACCAAGGAGGUCGUAGCUAACCUAGGCCAAUUUUUGGGUUCAACAGUUAGAAAUCCCCGUUUUGUGACUUUGCUAUACACUAGUUGGCAUGGAGUGCCUGAUAAUAUCAAGGAGGGCAUGUGGGAGUACGCCAACCAAAAGUUUAUUCUUCCAAUAAGUUCAAAGCCGUGGGUCAUGCGGGGAUUUUGUCGUGCAUGGAAAAAAUACAAGGGUGAAAUUAAAAAAGAACAUUUCUUAAAGUACAACACGAAGAAAGAAAUGAUAAAGAACCAACCAUUAGAGAUUCCUGAAUUUCAGUUUCGCAAGCUAAUUCGGUAUUGGAGUCUUCCCGCUAUCAAGGCUAUGUCUGUUAAGAAUACUGAAAAUAGGUCAAAGCAAACAUGUCCACACCGAAUGGGUUCCACAAAUUUUGCAAUAGUGCGCAAGCAGCUGCGUGACUCUAAAGAGAACAAUGAAGAGCCAUCAAGGGCUGAAGUUUUCACAGCAACACGCACAAGUAAAAAUGGAAAAGAAAUUGAUGCUAAAACACAAACAACAAUUAGGCAGGGAAAAUCAUGAGGAUGCAUUUGUAGCAGUGCUAGGAAAGGACCAACCAGGUCGACUCCGUUCUUCAAUUACAAAAAGCUCUCUUAGAAAGGAUGAGGAGAUUCGCCAAGUGAAGGUUGAAUACAAUGAUAAGGUGCAUUCAUUAGAAAAGAAGAUGGACGGUGUUUGUGGUCUAUUAAAGGUGAUGUUGCACCAACUCAAUCCUGGAAUGAGUGAGGAAGAGGUAGCAGCCUUAGCGCAAGCAGCCCAAAAUUCUCCUUUGGAUGCCUCAAGUAGUAGACCAAGAAAUACUCCCCACUCCUCCGAAGCAACUCACAUUCCACCAUCUGAUAAUGGCAGUGAUAAAAACAAUGGAGCUCAUAAUGGAUGAUCACACUACUCAUAAAAUUUGAUAUUUUGUAACUAAGUAUAUAAAAGAAGUAGAUAUGUGACACUUGUUGGAGUGACAAUUCUUAUUUACUUGUUAUGACUUUAUUUUUUGGUACUUUGUCAUCAAAACCUACUUUUAUGGUGACAAUUUUAUAUGUAUGUCUUUUUUAUGGGAAAGUUUAUAUUUGUUGGAUUA